GUGAGCAAGGAGGAGUACGACACGUGCCGCAUCACCAACCCGUCGCCGCGCGUGAUAGCGGUCUGCGACAAGCCCUACAAGCUCAUGUACUUCACCAUCACCUUCCGAUCCUUCACGCCGCAGCCGGGCGGACUCGAGUUCAAGCCCGGCCAGGACUACUACUUCAUCUCCACGUCGAGCCAGGAUGACCUGCACCGGCGCAUCGGGGGGCGCUGCUCCACCCAUCACAUGAAGGUGGUGUUCAAGGUGUGCUGCGACCCCGCCUCGCAGCCCGCCCGCGACCAAGCCAACAACCACCUGCCCGCCAGCGGCCCCGCCACCACCCGGGGUACCACAACCACCACCACAACCACCUCCUCCACCUCCACCAAGCCCUCCACCACCACCACCACCCCCAAAACAACCUCCACCACCUCCUCCACCUCCACCUCCUCCUCCACCAGCACCACCUCCCUUAAGACCACCUCCCAUAAGGCUUCAGACCGACCCGGGAAAACCACGCAGAAGAAGACAGACAACCGACAGCCAGACCGCAGCCAGAACGAGGUGGUCAAGAACGAGGAGCUCACCCUCAACUCCGGCCCGCCCUCCACCUCCUCCACCUCCGCCUCCCUCCUCCUCAUCUCCCUCCUGCUGGCCGGCCUGACCCUGCUGCACCACCACCACCACAACAACCACCACCACAGCUUCCACCACCACCUCCACCACCACCACCACAGCCACCACAACCACAGACACACACACUCCAAGAAAAGCCACCCGCAGAAGAUACAGUCGGAUGUCCACAGGUGUUUUGAGCCGCCGCCGCCACCGCCGCUGCCAUAUAGCCUAGUGGCGGAGAGCGAGGGAGGGGAAAUUACCUCCGCCGAUGCCUCCGUUUCCUCCAGCGCCCCGCAUGGAGGGAGCGAAGUCCUCCACUUUCUCUCCCCCUCUUAAGGAUGGAGAGAAGUGUGGAUCGUAAUGUGAUCUUACUUGACGUAGAGAGAGAGAGAAAGAGAGAGGGAGAGAGAGAGAGGGUGUGUGAAAAGGAGCGAGAGAAAGAGAGAGAGAGAAGCUGCGAGGGAGAGAGAGAGGGAGAAAGAAAGAAGAGAGAGAGAGGAAGAGAAAUUCAGAUUGUGAUAGAUUAGUUACUCUGCUCUCCCUUCCUUCCUCUCCUCUCCUCCACUUCUCUCUCUCCCUCCCUAUCCUUCAUCCCUCCCUCCCUCCCUCCCUCCCUCCCCCCAGUGCCACACAACCCCCCCCCCCCUCCCCAACCAACCCCCCCAUCCCCAAACAUGAGGAAGAGAAGGACGACAAGUGUUGACAAAAAAAAAAAAAGUUACGUACACACAGAGAGCGGAAGGUGCGGUCAUGUGUGUGCACGCAGAAGUACCGCCACCCUGGGACAUACAUACACGUGUGCGUCUGUGCGUGCCUGCGCCUUGAACCUCCUCCCCACCCCGACCCCCUAUAACCUCAUCCCCCGUCAAUAGUGGUGUUAAUUUUAAGUCUAUUAUUAUUAUUAUUAUUACCAUUGUUUUUUUGUAUAAAUGAGUGAAGGGAAGAUGAUAACUUAUUCUACCAUUUUUAUUAUUAUUAUUAUUAUUGUUGGAACGCUAUUAUUAUCAUUACUACUACUGCUACUACUGUCGUCAUUAUUAUUAUUAUUAUUAUCAUUACCGCUGCUCGUCUCCACACAUUCCCUUUUUUUCUUUCCUCCACUCAAAGGAAAAAAAAAAACAA